AGCUUCUGUAAUGAUUUACCUGAAUCUGGCAACCCAUGUCUGGAGCGGUGAUGGGAAAGUUUCUGCCUCACCGUUGAUGUCUUUUCUUAUUAGCACACAUUUCUCAACAUUCAGACCAAAACUAAGCUAAAGUGUCUUUUCAUAUCAUUUUUCAGAAAUAUGGAUAAUCCCGUUUGGGAGAAUUCUAAUUAUGAAAUAUUAGCGGAAAUUGGCGAGGGUGCCUACGGAAAAGUGUACAAAGCGAGAGAAACCGGUGAGAAACAGCGCCUCGUAGCGGUCAAGAGGCUCAACAUCGGCGCAGACCCGGACGCAGGCAUCCCUCAGUUCAUGAUCCGCGAGGUGGCGCUGUUGCGAAAAAUAGGCUAUUUCAACCACCCAAAUGUAGUGAAGUUGUUGGACGUGUCAGCUGGUCUGAGGAAACCAGGCUUGGACCUGACGCUGGUGUUUGAGUACAUCGAUCAGGAUCUGUCCUCUUUCCUCAGUACCGCUCCUGAGGACGGUCUGGGCACAGACAAAAUAAAGGACGUGAUGCGGCAGCUGCUGAAGGGCCUCGAUUUCCUCCACACUAACACCGUCAUGCACCGUGACCUGAAGCCCUGUAACGUGUUGCUGAGCAGCCGCGGGGAGGUGAAGAUCGCAGACUUCGGCUUGGCGAGGAUCUACACUAACUGUAUCGCCCUGACACCCUGCGUAGUGACUCUGUGGUACAGGGCUCCUGAGGUGUUGCUCCAUUCUAGCUACAUGUCUUCUGUGGAUAUCUGGAGCGCUGGCUGCAUCUUUGCGGAGCUCUUCCUGCUAAAACCUUUGUUCCAGGGAUAUACUGAGGUCCAGCAGCUUCAGAAGAUCUUUGAGGUGAUUGGGUUGCCCGGUAAAGAGGACUGGCCUAAAGAAAGUCCCAUCCACUAUAAUCCAGCCUGGGCUAGACGAGACGUCACCACACAGCUGCUGCCGAGCCUGAAUGCAGAGGAGAACAACCUGCUCAAUCAAUGUCUGGCCUUCAAUCCAGCCCAGCGCAUCUCUGCUUAUAGAGCUUUAGCCCACCCUUUCUUGGCUGGUCCUUAACCUUAAAACACAAUAUAAUAGAAGCUGAGGGACAUGGCAUGAAGAAACAUUCAAAUGAAGGGUUUCAAUGGAGGCAAGUAGAUUCGACUUGGGCUCCUUCCACCCACAUACCCAAGAAAUCAAGUAGGGAAUAACACACUUGGGGUGUGCUGUUAUAGGAAAGUAAUCAACAACAAGGUGGUGUGAUACGGAUGUCCAGUGGAGUUAUUGUUACCACCCUGAAGUUGAUUGGUUUUGUAUAACGACAUGUCCCAAAGUGAUUUAUUCCUAUUAUACUGCAACAAUUUGUCAAUAAUUGUAUAUUUUCUUAAUUUAUUAAUGAACAACACAUCAUACAUUUUGACCUGUCAUCUGCCAUCCAAGUAAAUUGGUACUAUAGAAAUAAUACCAUAUUAGAAGUAACUAGAAUACAAACUCUGCAGUAGGCACUAUUUUCAGAGCUGCUUAAAUAGAAAUGUACUCAACACCUUCUGACCAAUCAGAAUCACGCUCAACACUGUGGUAUAUACGAAGUUAAAACAGGAGGUGUUUAAAGUACAGGUGUAGAAGCAACAGUCUGUUGUAUGUUAUUAUGUGAGGAGAUAAAAAGGUACAUUUGGCUAAAUACAAUCAGGGAUUUUUAAGCAGCAAAGCAGGGACAUAAGACUUUUGAUGAAACUUGAAAAGUCCUUGGUGAAUUUUCUUUUGUUCCAGCACUCUAAAUGUCUUUAUAGGACUGUGGAACAAACAUGUUUGUUUACUUUCACACUUUUCCAAGGUGUGUUAUCUGAUGAUGAAAUGAUUUAUAGCUACAGUCAGCAUUACAAUACAGUACCAUUAUUUCUUCAUAUUACACUCUGAGAUCUGGUAGUACAGGAUUUCCACACAGAUUAAAUAUGCAAAUUAAAUUAUUGACACUUUACUCAAAGCUGCCAUGUAAUGAUAAUGCUUGUCUUAUGGCAUUUGAAGCUUGCAUUCUUUAAGGUUGCUUACUGUACACAGUAAGGACUGAAAAGGAAAAUUAAGCAGAUUUGUAUUUUUUGUAUGUUUUGUCUUAUCAAAAGCUCAGGUCAUGCAUGCUCAGCUGAAGUGUUUCCACUGAACUGAACUGUAAACAACUUCAGGUCUCAUAUUAACUGUCAAAGAGAGCAACUCUAAGGAUGAAAUUGAUUGUUAGUUGAACAGUACAGUUCGUUUUUUUUUUUUUGAUGUGUUUGACACUGAACUGUUACAGCCACUUCUGAAAAACAACAGCCCCUGUUUAUGGUUUUACGGGUUGUAUAGGAUUUCAGUACCUGUGUCUUUCUGGAUGUCUAAAGUGCCUCUGUUGUUACAUUGUUUUUUUCCCCCCAAAGCAAUUAAAAAGUUUAAAGGA